AUGAAAAAUGUAUGGAAAGUAUUUUCACCAAAUAUGUUGCACAUUAUUCUUAUAUUAUGCACACUAAAAAUAUUUCCAUAUGAUAAAGAAAUCGAUGGAAUUGCAAUUGAUAUACCUCAUACAUUUAUAAAAAAUAAAGUCCAAGCAAAAGGAAUAUACCUUAAUGUAGAUUUUGAAAAUUUAGAUUUAGUAAAAGCUACGAUAAAUAAGUAUCAAAAUGACGAUAAUUUAUAUUGCAAUUUGAAUAAGGAUAAAAAGGAAGAAGAAAUAGAAAAAGACGAAAAAAAAGGAUACAAUGAUGAAAAGGAUGAUGUAAUAAUUACAAAUAAUUGUCUUGUUUUUGUAAAUAUAAAAUAUAAAGACAGUUUAAUAAAUGUUCAAGCUUUUAUGGAGUAUAUGUAUUUAAAAACCAGUGCCAUAGGUUUAAUAUUUGUGUGUGAUAAUUUUUUAUAUGAAAAUGAAAUAUAUAAGCCACAUGGUGAGCUAAAUAUUACUAUAUUGGGAAUAAAUAUAUUAACAUAUUUAAUAUCUUAUGAUUUAUUAAGUGAAUAUGAUAAAAGCGAUUUUAAUAAAUAUAUAUUUGAAUUAUAUUGGGGUAUAGAAAACAAAACUGAUAUUGUUCAUAUAAUUUAUAAUUUAGAUUUUGGUAAAUAUUUUAGUUAUAGUUUUUUUAUAUAUAUGAAAAAUUUCCUUUUAGAAUUAAAAAAUUAUAUAACAUAUGAAAUAAAAUUUAGUGUACACACAAAUUUUAUUAUAGAUCCACGUUUCUGUUUUAUUCGAGAUUCUUCAUAUUGUAUUAGUGAGCCUGACUAUAUAAAUUCUAAUAUGGUAAGAGAGGUUGUAGAACAACAAGUAAGGAGUUUAUGUAUUUAUAAAUUAACUGCAUGGACAAAUACAAAAUUACAACACAUGCCAAUAGAAGAUAAUAAUAAUGUUGAUAGAACAUUUAGCGAGAAAUUUAUUCAUUAUAUAAAUGCAUUAUUCGAUUUGGGGUUUGAGAAAAAAAUAUGUUCUAGUGGAUCAAUUGAUUUAACAAAAAAAUGUUCUGAUAAAAUUCUGACUCAUAUAAAUGUAUCAGUAAAAGAAGUAAACGAUUGCUUCCUUAAAAAUUUUCAUACUUAUAUGAAAAAUAUGAUAAAGAGUAAAUUUUAUGUAUAUACAAUAGUAAUUAAUGAUAAAGUAUUUAAAAUUAAAUUAAAUAAGGAUAUGAGUAUAAGGCUAAUAUGUUCCGCAUUUAAGUCGAUGCCCCCUCGUUGCCUUAAAUAUCUUAAAGGCGAUAAAUUACUGUCUUUUCUCGAAAUGAAGUAA